GCAGCUCGGAGCUCAUUCUCUGUCUAGACCUUCACCUGAAAACAUCUCUGGGGUAAAAAUAGUGUUCCAAAUUUUUGUAGUUUCAAAAUUGAACACGCUGUUUUGUCAGUUUGCCUAGUAAAAAAAAUACUUGCAAAAGUCAGCUACGAAAUAACCAUGGAUGGAUACUACAAUGGCAGCAGCGGCUAUGGCAACUUCCCCAUUCAGGGAUCUUCGCAGGGGAACGGAAACAGCUACGGUUACUGUUCCUCUGGGAAUUGCUCGAACGGAAGUUGCUCCAACGGAAGCUGCGCCGCGGGAAAUUGUUCCAACGGUAGCUGCUCGAACGGAAGCUGCUCGAACGGAAGCUGCUCCAACGGUAGCUGCUCGAACGGAAGCUGCUCCAACGGUAGCUGCUCGAACGGUAGUUGUUCCUCCGGCAGAUGCACACGCAUGUCGGCGGGAGGUCAAUAUGGUGGCAGCUGCUCUGGAAGCAACUGCUAUCCCGGCGGACGCAGCGGCUCGGGUAGACCAGCGUGGAACUCCAAUUGGAAUGGACGCCAGCACUAAAGAGCUUGGCGAAUCCAUUGAGGCGCAAGAACGAGGACUGGCAAAACAGCGGCUUUCAAAAAUUUCAAGCUAAUACACUAUCUACACACAACCGCCGACAGCAACGCACACCCUACUCAUACACACAACAAUACGCUUCGUUUGAAAGUAGACUAAAAAAAAAAAUGUA